UUUCUUUAAGGAGUGCUCAAAUAAGUAUUUAUUAUUAUUGGCACAUGUUCAAUUUAUGCUAAAAGCCAAUGAUACAAUCAUUCUCAACAGUUCAUUAUUCGAGGGGUUGUUAAAACGAAAAAAAAAUCACAUAGACUCUAUGCUGCAUAUCGUGCCAUUCAUAGACAUACACUAGAUAAUCUAAUAAGAUUUAAAUAUAAUUAUAACCAAUACAGGAUUUCCCAGAUGAAAUUUCCCAUCUAACAUAACGAUUAGCUAUCAAAUACAACAUCCUUAAACACACACAUUUAUAUGUAACGAAUGCAGGCUCUUCUUUAGAUCAAACCCUUCCUUCCUCUGUGUCUGACUAUUGAUUAACAUAAAACCAAUGUUUCCUCCUCUAUCCGUAUCAAUUAGGAAUUUGAAUAAUUAAAGAAAAACAACAGAUCAGUUAACAUGUAAUGCGAGAAAAAUCACAUUUUUUCUAUGUGAAAAACCAUUAAUUCCGCUACUAAUAAGCAACCAAGCAUGAUGUGUAGCAGGUGCCCAAUGUGUUCAGCGUGUAGAGAAUACUGUGGGAAUCGUUGUACCUUUUUUGUAGCUAUUGAUAUUCCACCCCAUCGUUAUGUAUAAAGUUCGACAGCUGUAACAUAUCCCCCUUUAGAGGAUGAUCACAAAGCAGAAAAUUGACAUUUCUCGGCAUAUUUAAAAAACCCAAAUCGAUUUUCACAUCGUAUAAAUCGAGAAAAAUGUAUAUGUAUAUAUAUAUAAAGUGUACUGUAUAAAACUUUAAAUUCCACUUUAUCUAAGAUUAAGUUAUAAACAAAAAUAAUAGAAACUAAUUAGUGUGUGUUUGUGUGUGAAAGUAUGGUUAUCAGUUAAGGACACACCACAAACACCAAAACAACAGGAAUUAGUGGUGUUACCCUAUCUCGAAAGUGUCAGAAGUUGAUAUAUGUUAGCGGUCAGUGUAUCUAGAAAUAUUCCCCCAAACAUCAUUUUCGAGUGAGGGGUGAUGACACGUCAAACUUCUACUGACUCAGCAUUAACUCUCAUACACUAACUGUUAGAUCUGGCGCGACCUCUAUUUCCUUCCGUUUUGUGAAACCUGCAGUAGAGAGAUAAGGACUAGCCUCGUACCCAGGGCAUAUCGACGCACCCUGGCGUGGCCUAAGGGCAUUGCGAGAACUAAUUUGAAUAUAAUGUACACCCAUAGCGUGAUGCUUAUAUAGGUUGGCAUGAUGACCUCAAAGUCUAGUAAUGUUGUGAUGCUCCUAGCAUAAUAGUGCAAUUUUGUAUACAUAUGUUAUAUAUAUUUUCUUUCUUACUACACGUGUGUAUUAUAUAUGUAUAAAUAUUUUGUACGACUAGUCAACAGCUACAGUUUCAUUUAUAAUUAUGCAUAUGUAACUUCGCCUGUCUUUUUGUUUUAGAAUUAUAUCUAUGUAUAUAAACGUUUAUAUUUUAUUAAUUUUUCUUUUACAAAAAGUUUUAAUUAUUUAAGAAAUAUUUUGUUGAAGUUUUUAACAUUUUUUGAAAGUGCAAUUUCCGAAUCGAAUUCUGAUCCAGAUGUAUCCUAGCAGGAGAUGAUUGAUCUCCCAACUCAGGUGCCACCAUUGACUCCAGGGACCAAUCAAAAAAUGACGCAAGCGUUGAGAGCAAGUUUCAGCAGUUGGGAGAAAGAAAGAGAACAACAAAACAUUCCCAAAGAUCCUAGACAGUGGAGUGAGAUGGACGUCGCCCAUUGGCUUAGUUGGGCCAUAAGAGAGUUUAGUUUGGAAGGUGUAAACCCGCAGAACUUUAGUAUGAAGGGCAAAGAUAUGUGCGCCCUUGGUAAAGAUGCAUUCCUAGCUCGCGCCCCACCAUUUAUGGGAGAUAUACUAUGGGAACACUUAGAUAUACUUCAGAAAGAUGCCGAUAAAGAGAGAGCAUCUUUAGAAAACGUUCCACCAAAUCUGUACGAAUCGGUAUGCAUGCCUGAAUUCGACGAAUUUUUUCAACAAGGUACUGGGUAUCCUCUACCCGAACAAAAAGUCACCCCCGUCAUGAACGGAGGAGGUACACCAGCAAGUACUCCGGCAUCGGGAAGUCAACAUUAUCUAGAAGGAGGUUAUAACCAUAUCUCCGAAUCGAUGCACACGUUGAAUGAGAUGAGACAUGAAGACGUUGUUCUUGGUCAGCACUAUGACGAGACUCAGGAAUAUGGACUGGAAGCUGCACCUACCCAUCACACAUACUUGGAUAACAGUUCAGAGUUCUAUCCAACAGACGCUUCUCUGUCUCUCAGUCAAGAAUCAAAGUAUCAACCUCCAUAUAUGGGAAAGAAUUUUCGAGGGAGGUAUCCUACUCAUGACAUGGGAGUAACAGAGGGAUACAGCCCUCACCAUUACGAACCGCCGUUUCAAACCGUUCCUUCCUCUGUGCCUACAUCUCCCGGCCAGUGGCCGCCGGAAUUGGGAGCUCACAUGGGCCUUCAGGGAAAUCACGCUCCGCAUCCCCACCAUCCUCACCAUCAGGGAUUCGGAGGACUCACAACGCGAGACAAUCCGCUCGGACCCAUGGGCCACGUGCAGACGCAAGUCCCGGGACAUGGAGGUGACACCAAACCCGUCAUUCAGGCCGCCGUACUCGCAGGUUACUCGGGAAGUGGUCCUAUUCAGUUGUGGCAAUUUUUGCUCGAACUUCUUACCGAUAAAUCAUGUCAGGGAUUCAUCAGUUGGACAGGUGAUGGAUGGGAAUUCAAGCUUACGGAUCCUGAUGAAGUGGCAAGGCGCUGGGGAAUACGCAAAAACAAACCCAAAAUGAACUAUGAGAAACUUAGUCGUGGCUUAAGGUAUUAUUAUGAUAAAAACAUCAUUCAUAAAACCGCAGGAAAGCGAUAUGUCUACCGUUUUGUAUGUGAUCUGCAAGGAUUAUUGGGAUAUUCUCCAGACGAAUUGCAUGCCAUAGUUGAUUUGAAACCGGAGAAAAAAGACGACGAUUGAACAACUUACAAGUCAAAUCAAGCUGCAAGUUUGAUAUUUUUAUUACCCUUGGAUCUGGUCAUUGUCUCAUUUUAGAUUUAUUUUCAUAUUAGUUGAUAGGAGGGCAGGAUAUGCCAAUUAGUUGAGCAAAAAAAAUUAAUAUUUUAUACUCUUCGCGGAAUGUUGCUGAUGUAUUGUUAUUAUUGCAAAGACAACAGACACGUCCCAUCCCAGACUGUUUUGAUAACUAAGAAGUCGAGCUUGCUCAGAUUAUAUAUAUGUAGUAUUAAGUCAGAAUAUUUUCCAAAAAACUUGGUCACAAUUUAUUAACACAGUAUGACGCUCCUUCGUCUUGUUAUCAAUCAGAUUCUGGAAACUGGGAUAAUUAUUGUAAAUAUAAAUUGCUUUUUAUAUCUAUAAAAAUAGGAGGUUGUUAUUUUUUAAUCUCCUUUGGGAUAUAACUUUAUGAAAAAACAAAGACUAGUUAUGUUAAGGUCACUUACAUUUUUUAGAAAGAUAGUAUUAUCUAUCCAGUAUUUUCUUGUCACCAUGUUGCAUAAUAUCGAGUUCAGAUACUUUUUAUCUAGUUUCAUUAUGUACCAAAAAGUGCCUUAUUCGAAUGUGAUGCUACAAAGUUGGGUGGAUGGUAUAUUGCCCAUGAGGCAUGUAUGUCUGCUACUAUUUCAUCUAUCAACAUAACUAAACGCACAUAUCCAUCUCCAACCAUGGUGAUACUUUUUUCCACACAGCCCACCCUCUUGCGAUCAGUGAUGCUGAUCUCAAGUCAUGUCUCUUGUGGGAGAUUUUGUUAUUUCAAUUGUCAAAUGAGUGAUGUGUGCUAUGUGUAUGUAUGGACAUUUGGCAGAAAUGCUGUUUUUUUUUUCGUGUUAUUUACAAGCUGCACAGAAAUAUUUUGUAAUCUUUGUAUGUUUUCAAAUACCAAAAAGAAAAAAAAGAAAAAAAAAAAGAAAAUAUUGGACUUUUGAUUUGGCAUGCUAGGGAGAACAAGAUAACUAUAGACAUGUUAUAGUAAAUAACUGUAUAUUAUAUAUAUAUAUAUAAACACAAAAAAGUAUUAUAUGUCAAAUAGUUGUCUUCCAAACAUUUUACCAUAAACAAUUUUAUGAAAUGUUAAGAUAUAAAAAUAAUAGUUUACCUUUUCGGAGGGAGAUGAAGUUAUUCAUAUAAUCUAUUUUAUAAACCCAAUAUAUAUCAAAAGUCCUCAAGAAAAAAAAAAAUUUAUAUAUAUAUAUUGUUAUUUUUAAAGUUUUGUGAGUAUUGUAUUGUAUACAAACUUUAAAAAAAACAAAAAAAAAAGAAACCAAUGUAUAGCAAUAAGUUAUUAGUACAGUUUAAAUAAAUAUUAAUUACACAACAGUGUGAUUACAAAAAUAUUGUUUGUCCUGUAUGGUACGUAAAUGUGCUAUUGAAUAUAGUUAUGGAUGACGUGAUCUUAUAUUUUGUUGAAGAAUGUUAGUCAUAUAUUUUGUUCGAAAUCCCGAGAUGCUAAAUCGAAUAUAUAAUGUUCUUUUUUUGUUUGCUUUUAACUGUACUUAAAAUAGCCUAUGUGUGAAAAUAAAAAAAAAAUGCUUAAAAGAA